AUGACUGUUACUAAAGGGUUUACGGAGGAGGCAGACAAGCUCCUCGAUUAUAUGGAAAAUGGUAUCUUUGAUGCUGUGCAGAAGCAAUACCUCCGUAGCUUUGUCUUCGCCGUGUACCUGGACGAUCAAGACCCAAACAAUAUUGUCGAAGCUUAUACGUUCAACUUCAGCUAUUGUAAGGUUCCCGGGUCAGAGAGCACAGUGCCUGUGAUGUCUCUGGGGGAAGACAUGAUGAAUCUAUCCUUGUCCGGAUCGAAGCAAUCACAGGACCCUGUGGCGGACGCAACACGUAGGGGUAAGAUACCCACUCUCGGUGAAACUCUAAUUAAGAACCUCAUACAAGCCACGACGCAAAUGGACGCGCUACCCAAACGCCGAUUCGCCACCUUCAAACUCUACUAUUACGAGAACACUCCGGAGGACUACGAGCCACCUCACUUCCGGGCUGGUGACUUGAAGAAGGAUAAGUGGUUCAUGACGACGCACAACAAGGGGGAGAUUCCAGAGCGUUGCAGCGUUGGGUCUGUGCAGACAGGCUACCAUGGGGUGGACGUCAAAGUGACGUCUGUAUCCGGAUAUUUACCGUCCGCGGAAGAUAACAACGCGCCAUUCCUCGGCACCACAAGCGGAAAUCCUUUCGGAGCGCCUCCGCUUACUCCUGCCGAAGAAGCCUCGAUGCGUGCUCAGCAGAUCGAAGUACAACGCGAAGACGCGCUGGAGCGCCGAGUUGUUUGGGAUACGGAUAUAGAGUUAGCGGACAUGAACGUCUCUGAAGGCGAAGAACGUCGUGGUAAGGGAUCUGCCUCGCGUACUCACGGCAUCAUUCUCACAGCCGUCCCGAAGAGUAACGCCUCGGCUGUCGAGCGCGUGGUACCGGUGGGUUUCAGGGACGACGAGGGAACGAUUGUCCCAUACACAGAGCCGGAAACGCCUCGUCGCUUGGACAGGAACGCAGAGGCACAAUACGCUGGGAGACCUGAGUCGGUGCCUAUGUCCCUAACGCCUACGCCAAGGCCCAGGGAUUCAUACCGGCGCGAUAACGCCUCCAGGGCAGAGUCCCUCCUUCCGCCGUCCGACAUCGAACCAUCCUUGUCGAUGGGCUUUCAGACCGCUGAAUCUCUCGAUACCCAGCUUCUCAAAGAUAUCAUCACCGGCGGAGCUACGGAGACACAAGAAGAUAGCAUGAUACUAGACAUGGAGUCGCAGCGUGAGGCCGAGCUUCCUGGUACGGAAGAUCCGAUACAGUCAUUCACCGACGCGGGUGCUCAAAGCGGCGUUGACAUUGUCAUGGACCGUGAGAGUCCCGUUGUCAUGGAUUGUGAAUGCGGCGUUCUUCUCGAGGAUUGCGAUUGCUUGAAAUGCGAUGGUGGUUGCGGCCGAUGGUUUCAUCUGUGGUGUAUGGGUUUUCACUCCGCUCAGGACCAACGCGUUCCGUCAGAGUUCAUCUGCUUCGAUUGCCGCGUCAAGGCCGACCGUAACUGGGACCUCAUCGUGGUCCACGAUUUAUACCCGCGGAUGAUUGCAAAGUUCAGGGACUUGGCCAUUCAAAGGCGCGGAAUCAAAGUGUUCGAGACCCAUGUGCCCGAGGGCCUGUCAGCGUUCACCAAAUUGAUCGGCUGCGACUCUACCGUAGCAGGACAGGUAUUCAAGCGGCUCGAGGCCGAAGGGUUCAUCGCGCAGGAGGUUCGAGAAGCCGACGAAUCUGGGUUCAUGGAGACCACCUCGCUCGCGAGUAAGAAGAAGACGAAAAAGGUGAACGCGAAGACAAAAGCAGCGCAGCGGCGCAAAGUCCUGCAGAAACCGGUCUACGUCUUUGUGCAGGCGAUCAAGAGCGAGCAAGCAUACCAGGACUACUUCAAUCCCGAUCCGGAAGUCGAAAAGAGACUUCUAGGCCUCUCUGAUCUGGUCGGUGGUUCUUGCAUAGAGGAAACCCAGCCCUUGCCGGUCGGCCUGGGCUCCCAAACCCAGGAGGAGACGCAAUAUCCAGGGGCCGACGAGCGAAUUAACGACCUCAAGCGGAAGACUUCGAGCGCCGACCAAGACGGUGCCAACGCCCGGAAGAAGAUCAAGAUUUCACUCGGACCGGCUGUCGACCUGGGGGACUAG